UCUGUGAAUUCAUUUCCAGCAGGAAUGUAAUUGACCGCAUUCGAUUCUAAGUUCAAUGAGUGCUCGAAAUUGAAAAUUCAUCGUUUACUCAUGGUCUACGUAUUGAUUAAGUUAACAAUUCAAUAAAUUAAUUAUUCUUCAUUUCCUGAUUUCCACAAAUAAUAGAAUUUCUUCAACUUGUUUUGCUACUUCUGCGUCACAGUCGAUUUCCUAUUGAAUCGAUCUGCAGAUAUUUAAUAUCUUAACUGAAACAAAGUUUUCCAUAAUAUUUUGUCAGUCGAUUAGUGCGUAGGUGAAGUGAAAAAAUGAAAUUCUGUUUGAUAAUUAACUUAUCGUUAGUCUUAGAUUCAAUUUUUUAUGCCGAUGCAAUGCCACCUGAUCCCAUAGAGAAAGAUUGGCUGGAUCAAUGCGAUCUAAAAAGAUUAAAGUUACAGAAUGCAAUAGAAACAACAACAGAAAAGCUCACUACGAAAAAAGGUAUCGCAGGUUCCUUACCGAUUUUGGGUCCUAUUUUCGGUACAGGAAAUCGUAAGGUUAAAAAAUAUCCAAAAAUAGAUGUGGAAGCAAACUUUGAACAAUUGAUCAAGGAGCUGAAAUCAAAACUCACUAUGGAUGCAAAUGAAAGAGGGAAUUCCCCAGAGUUAGAGUCUCCAAAUCUGAAAGAUAGGCUCAUAGAUCUCGAAUAUUAUAUGUAUUCCAAUGAGGGUCCAAUCAAACAGUUUAAUUCCAAUGAGAAGCCAAAUAUACCAAAUAAAGCCAAAGAGUCAGAAAAUGAUAGUUCCGGUGACGACGAAAAAGAAAUAUUGAUUGAAUUAAUAGAGUAUUAAGCUCAAGCAGAGCACAGCUCAAUCAAGUUUCAUAAAGACUCUCAAACAACGUUCCUACCUACAACUCCUCGUAGAUUAGAAUUGUUAGAAUUCAUUAUUGUUCUUGUUUAUGAAAUUAAUUGAAAAUAAAUCAUUCAAUAUA